AUUUACAAGAUUUAUUCGUUUCAAAAAAUAUAGCUCGUGCAUAUGAUUUGUUUAGACAGCAAUAAAAACCACUAAAUGUCUACCGCCUUUGAAUAUGCUCUGCUACACCGUGGAUACGACGUCUCUAUUACGAGUAAAUUGGGAGAAGGUGGUUUUGGUAUCGUAUACGCGGGAGUACGCUUGAACGAUAACGCUCCUAUAGCUGUUAAAUAUAUUUAUCACAAAGAUGUUUGGAGGUGGCAUACUGUGAAACAACCGUUUCAAUCGAAAAUACCAAUGGAAAUACACAUGUUGAAAAGAGUAAAUAAAGUUGAUGGUACUAUUAAGUUGUACGAUUGGUUCAAAAUUGAACACGGUUAUGUAUUGGUUAUGGAGAGAUCGAUUAAAAGUAUCUCACUUUAUUCAUAUAUGAAGACGCAUGUUCUCAACGAAAAAGAAAUUAUUAAUAUAUUUAAACGUCUCGCACAAAUAACUUACGACUGUUGGUUCAAAUGUGGAAUUAUUCACUGUGAUUUAAAAGAAGCAAAUAUACUCAUCAAUAAAGAAACAAUGGCAAUUACCAUUUUAGAUUUCGAUUUUGCAGUAGAGUGUUCAAAACGUCUUAGGAGAACAUACGCAGGAACACCACUUUAUGCGCCACCAGAAUGGUAUAUAAAUGGUAUAUAUUACCCCGAGAGCACCGUCGUAUGGACUCUAGGCGUUAUACUCUGGAAGCUAUUGUUCAGAAAAAGCCCUUUCAAGACAACGAAAGACAUUAGGAAAUUCGAAACUUUAGAAACCAUUGACCCUUUUGAAACAGAGAAACUGUUAUAUUCUUCAAAUGUUAUUUCUUUGUUAACGUCACUCAUGAGGAAAAAAAUAAACGAAAGGCCCGGUAUAGACGUACUUCACAAGUUAGCGCUAAGUCUUUGACAAGAACAAUUGUACGUUUUGAAAUAAAGUGUUUCAAUAAUCAAAAAAACACACACAAAAAAUAUCUUGUGGAGGGUAUUGCUCUUAAAAACGUAUGACAUUUAAU